ACACACACACACACUCUCACACACACACAGACAAGGACGCUCUUGAGCCGCGAGCCGAAGACGUCUCUUCUUCUACAACAGAGCAGCGCGAGCGCUCUUUGAUUUGUCGCUCCGUGGAACCUCCACAUUCACCUGCAGGACUGUGGAACCUGGAGACUGAGAGGAUUCCACAUUCGGAGAAUAACUUUUUGAGACGUACCACUACGACACUGGAAUUACACACACAAGGCAACUAUUUAUAAAAAGAAAGGAUUUCCCACUCAAAUAUUAAAGGAGGAGUCCAAAGUGUUUAUCUUUGAAACAAUGUAGCCAAAGAAAACAAGACACUGUGAAUACAUUCGGGGAUUUUCUGAACCUGUUCCACACACUGGAACCUCUGUCGGACCUAGUGGACAGCAUUCUUAACUCCUCUCAGAGUUUGCGCUUCUUCUUGGACACAUUUAUUUUUUUUUUCCUCUGUCAAAGUCCAAGUUUCUGUUUUACAAGAAUGCGUUUUGUGGACUUAACCAUAAAGGCCUGAUCCCCUUGGCUUUUUGGAUUUGGUGAAUGCCUCGUGGACGCACCGAGUUUUCGCCACAGUAUGCAUCAAAGGGACUGGUAAUAAACUCAAGGUUCCAGUGAAUCUUGAGGUCGACUGAUGUAGCCAUGGGACGAUCGCUAGAUCUUUGAGAGAAGCCUUUGCCUCCCUCCUCUACCACAUCCUUUUCUCCCUCCCCCGACUUUAAGUUGAGUCCUGCAGAUAAUAGUAAUCAACCUACGGCACUCUCCCCUUCCCUUUCUCUUCGAACCAUGGCAAGAAUUGCCUCUCAGAUUCAUGGCCAUGUGAUCGGGCCUUUUCCGGUGAUCCUUCUCUAUUUUGCACCUCUGCUGCUGAUGGAGGGUCGGUGUCACGCAGCCCCCUCAGGCCCAGAGUCGGACUCCUGUUCCACAUUAGUCCAGAGCCGCUUCUUUGGCUUCUUCUUGUCAUCCGCGGUGUUCCCCACACUGCCUUGCUCUUGGACCUUGCAGAACCCUGAUCCACGGCGCUACACUAUAUUCAUCAAGGUGACCAAACCUACAGAGAGCUGCGUGCCGUCCCAACUACGCACCUUCCAGUAUGAGUCCUUCCUGGAAACCACGCGCACCUACCUGGGCAUGGAGAGCUUUGACGAGGUGGUGAGGUUGUGUGAUACCUCUGCACCAGUGGCCUUCCUCGAGGCCGGGAAGCAGUUCCUCCAAAUGAGGAAGGGACUUCCUCGGCUGGGCACUGCCAUCACAGAUGGUGAAGGGGAUUUCAAAACAGAAUACCUGGUAGUGGGGAAGCGCAACCCCAGCAUGGCUGCCUGUCAGAUGCUGUGCCAGUGGCUGGAGGACUGCCUGGCCUCCAGCACGUCUAACAGGCCCUGUGGCAUCAUGCAGACUCCAUGUUUGUGCUGGGAGCCACCGCCGCUGCUCAGUGAGGGGGACAGCUGUUAUCACAAUGGAGUUUACCUGGAAAACUGUUUACCCAGCUUGAAAGAGAGUGGCAGAGACGCUGAGAUAAAUGGUGGCUGGAGCGUGUGGGGUCUGUGGGCACAGUGUAGCAGCGAUUGCGGAGGCGGUAUUCAAACCAGGACCAGGACGUGCCAAUCGCCUCCGGAGGAGUCGUACUUGUGUGAGGGUGUGGUGGAGGAGGGCCGACCGUGCAACUCGCAGCCCUGCACUGGCAAAGGUCGCCAUCUCUCUCGCAGCCAGUCGCUUCGGUCGGUGGACAGCCGCAAGCGCGACGAUGUAGACAAGCCCCGGGCCGGACAGCAGAGCCCUCAGACAGUAGAUUCAACCUCAGGUGAGGAAUGGUCAGCGUGGAGUGUGUGUUCUGCCACGUGUGGGGAGGGUUGGCAGAGUCGCACUCGUUUCUGCGUGUCCUCCUCUUACAGCACCCAAUGUAGUGGGCCACUGCGAGAGCAGAGACCGUGCAACAACUCUGCCGUGUGUCCAGUGCACGGUGCUUGGGACGAAUGGUCACCGUGGAGUUUGUGUUCAUCAACCUGUGGCCGAGGUUUCAGGUCCCGAACACGAACGUGUGCCCCCCCUCAGUUUGGGGGCGAUGCCUGCGACGGCCCGGGGUCACAGACUAAAUUCUGCAACAUAGCCGUUUGUCCAGUGGAUGGAGUAUGGAACGAGUGGUCCAGCUGGAGCUCCUGCUCGGCUUCCUGCUCUAAUGGGACCAUGCAGAGAACCCGGGAGUGUAAUGGUCCUUCGUAUGGAGGCUCAGAAUGCAGAGGAGAGUGGCUCGAGACUGUCGACUGCUUCCUUGGGGAGUGCCCGGUGGAUGGCAAGUGGCAGCCGUGGUCUUUGUGGUCGGGAUGUUCGAUAACCUGUGGAGGGGGGAGCCAGCAGAGAAACAGGGUUUGUUUUGGGCCCUUUUUUGGGGGGCAGCCUUGUCCUGGAGAACGAGAGGAGGUCCGGACCUGUAAUGAGAAGAAAUGUCCAGAACCUCAUGAAAUAUGUGGCGAGGACAACUUUUCCAACGUCAUGUGGAAGAUGACUCCAGCUGGGGACACAGCAGCAGUGCGCUGUCCUCCCAAUGCCAUGGGGCUCAUCCUGCGCCGCUGCACACUGGACGAAGAGGGCGUUGCUUACUGGGAGAAUCCCACCUAUCUGAAAUGCAUUUCCAAUGAUUAUCGCAGUAUUCAAACUCUGACUCGGGAACAUUUGUCCAAAGCACAACGUGGCCUUGUAGGAGAUGGCGUUUCGGAGGUGAUGACCAAGCUGAGGGUGACGUCCAGUGACGGGACCAGCUACAGCGGGGACCUGCUGGCGAUUGUGGACGUGCUGAAAAACAUGACUGAAAUCUUCAGGAGGGCUUACUACAGCCCCAGCAGUGCCGAUAUGAGGAACUUUGUGCAGUCACUGAGCAAUCUGUUGAUGGAAGAGAACAGGGAGCGAUGGGAGGAAGCACAACUGCUGGGGCCAAACGUCAAAGAGCUGUUCCGUCUGGUGGAGGACUUUGUGGACGUCAUCGGUCUGAGAAUGAAAGACUUCCAAGACAUGUAUGAAGUCACCGAUAACCUAGUUUUGAGCAUCCACAAACGUCCAGUGACCGGUCAUGCAGACAUCAAUUUCCCAAUGAAGGGCUGGAGGGGCAUGGUGGACUGGGCCCGCAGCUCUGAGGACAGAGUCACCAUCCCUAAGAACAUCCUGUCUAUGGGGAAACCAGAUUCAGACGACACAUCGACGUUUGUGACCGGCGUCGCUCUGUACAGAAACCUGGGCAACAUCCUGAAUCUGCAGAGGAACAGCACAGUUCUCAACUCCAAGGUUCUGUCAGUGACAAUCAAACCGACGCCAGCUUCUCUCUCUGCUCCGGUUGUCGUGGAAUUCUCUCACCGGUAUAACCAAACCAACAACCACACAUGUAUAUCUUGGGACGAGAGCGAAAGCUCCUCUCUGCUGGGAUCCUGGUCUGCCAGGGGCUGCAAAACCGUGCUGGUCGACUCAUUCAGAACCAAAUGCGUGUGUGACAGACUGUCCACCUUCGCCAUUUUAGCACGGCUAAAUCCCGAAAUGAACAUGGAUAAGACACAACUCCCCUCCGUGACGCUGAUCGUGGGCUGUGGAGUGUCUUCACUCACGUUGUUGCUGCUCAUCAUCAUCUACAUGUCUGUCUGGAGGUACAUUCGGUCCGAGCGCUCAGUCAUCCUCAUCAACUUCUGCCUCUCCAUCAUAUCCUCCAAUGCCCUCAUUCUCAUCGGACAGACACAGACGCGGAAUAAGGUCUUGUGCACCCUGAUUGCAGCGUUCCUCCAUUUCUUCUUCCUGUCGUCAUUCUGCUGGGUUCUGACGGAGGCGUGGCAGUCGUACAUGGCAGUGACGGGUCGCCUCAGGAAUCGCAUCAUACGGAAGCGUUUCCUGUGUCUCGGUUGGGGUCUGCCUGCACUUGUCGUGGCGAUCUCGGUUGGCUUCACCAAGGCAAAGGGAUAUGGAACACCAAGCUACUGCUGGCUCUCUCUGGAAGGAGGUCUUCUUUAUGCAUUUGUCGGACCUGCUGCAGCUGUUGUCUUGGUUAACAUGGUUAUUGGGAUUCUCGUUUUUAACAAACUGGUGUCCAAAGACGGCAUUACUGAUAUGAAACUAAAGGAGAGGGCGGGUCAGAUGACAGUGCCACUGUACAAUAUGACGCUCAAAUGUGCCAAGUGCGGAGUUAUCUCUUCGGCUGACGUUUCCACCACAGCUACCAGUAACGCCAUGGCGUCACUGUGGAGCUCCUGUGUGGUUUUGCCCCUCCUGGCCCUCACGUGGAUGUCAGCUGUCCUGGCAAUUACUGAUCGGCGCUCCGCCCUCUUCCAGAUCCUCUUUGCCGUCUUUGAUUCGCUGGAAGGCUUCGUCAUUGUAAUGGUGCACUGCAUCCUACGCAGAGAGGUCCAAGAGGCAGUGAAAUGUCGUGUUGUGGACCGCCAGGAGGACACAAAUGGAGAUUCAGGAGGAUCGUUCCAGAAUGGCCAUGCUCAGCUCAUGACUGACUUUGAAAAAGACGUCGACAUGGCUUGCAAAUCAGGCACCAUGAAACGCUCAUCACUUCAGGGGGAGGAGAAGGCCUCUGCAGGGACCCUCACCCUUCAGAAGGGUUCUAACUUUAACACCAUGCCAGCCAGCAUGGCUAAGGUGCAUCUCCAGAAUGUGGCUGACUACAACUGUCACACUCUGACGCUGCGCAGGGAGAAAGGCGCCGCAAAGGGAAUCAGCACAGAGCUGCCGGGUGCCAAAUCCAUCUACAUCUGCGACGGCGAUCUCUUCAAGCAGCUGGAUGGAGACGUGCCGAGAGGGAAUGGUGAGGGCAGCAGCGCAGAGGGCACUGGCAAAGGUCCGGGAUACGUGAUUCUACCAACCAACAACACUGCCACUCUGAGGCCAGCCAAGGGGAAAGACGAGCAGGCAGCCAAAUACAACAUCAGCAUCGAUCAACUGCCACAAACCAGGCUCAUCCACCUGGCCAACAGUGUCAGUGGAGAGCCGGUGCCUGGCUUUGGGCUGAAGACCCUGCCUGCUGACCAGGUCAGUGUGUCAUGCUCUGACAGAGACUCACCUGCACACAAUCUUCAGAACAUGCCCAGAGACUCCAAGGUGGUCAACAGCAUGUGUGAUGGAGGAGACUCUGCAAAUUUUGGUGUGAUGUCCAAGAGUGAGACCGUCUCCACACUGUCCAUGAGCUCAUUGGAGAGACGAAAAUCACGCUAUGCAGAGCUUGACUUUGAGAAAAUAAUGCACACCCGGAAACGCCACCAGGACAUGUUUCAGGACCUGAACAGGAAGAUUCACAAUGCAGACAAGGAUAGAGAAUCUCCACCUGUUGAUGCCAAAGCUGCCAAAAGAUGGAGUGUGUCCUCUGCGAGCAGUGACAAGACCAACAUGAGUGACAAGCAGCAGACCCCAAGUAAGAGGGCAUGGGAGGGUAUUCGGAAGACCCACUCCCCUCCAUCCUGGGUGAGGAAGGACCUGGAGACAGUGGCAGCCUCUCCUCUGGAGCUGCAGACAGUGGAAUGGGAGAAGACCAGUGCCACCAUUCCUCUGGUGGGCCAGGAGAUCAUGGACCUGCAGACAGAGGUGUGACCCAGAUACUGACCUCAUUCCUACACCUCUUUUCUUUUGGUUGUUUUUUUCUCCAGUCUUCUCAGACAAACAAGCAGACACACCGUAUACACUGCCCUGCUCUGUACUUAUACACCAAGGCUCGAUUAAGUCCACUGAGAGAACCUGAGGGGGAGGGGAGGAGAGUGCGCAGGGAAGAGAAGCAUCACAAUAUCAAAAAAAGAACUAUUGAAUCAAUCAAAGAGAGAGAGCAGGAACACAGUGUUUUCCUCUGUUUCAUUUGAUGUUUGGACUCUUGUUUUUGUCCAAAAAAUACCCGUCAUCUUCUCGUGUAUGGUCUCAGACACCAUGCUGGCUUACGUGGGAGACAGAUUGUCAAAGUGGCUGAUUGAGCUGCUAUAUCUGCAUCACGUAAUAAACAGCACAGCAAAGGUAAUCAUGUAUUGUUUACCCCCCCUGUACUCAAUGGUUACAAUGUAAUAAUCAUGAUUAUGUCUCAUUUUUUCCACUGUUAAGAGUAUUGUUGCUUCUGCUCUCCUGAUGAAUGCUUACCUUGUAAUUGGCUCGAGUUGCACCUGGAUGUAUUUCUUUGUCGCCAUCAAUCUCAAAAGGGAACAUGAACAAGGGAUUGAGGAGGCAGACUGCCAAACAAACAUCUACGUGCCCCCUCAAUGCUUUUGUCCCGACGACUCAUCCCAAUGCUUUUGGCUCGGAAACUUUAUCGCCUUGAUCCCUGCGGGGCGAGGAUGGCCCUUGAGCAACGGGGUUAAACAAACAAAAAAAAAAUAUAUAUAUAUAUCAAAGGCAUCAUCUUGAGCCAAAAUGGCAGGUUGCCUGUCCAUCAACAGACACCUCAGAGACGCCAGAGAGCAGGCCACUGUGUUUUGUGCUCUAAUUGGCCUUGGACCUCGACCUCUGUCAACCACGGAAGGACAACAUGGACAUCAGUGCAACCUGAAGGAGCCGCAUUCAACAAAAAAACAUGCCGUUUGGGUGCGUUUUCGAUGUAUAAGCAGGAUUGGAACAGGAAAGGCAAACCAUGAUACUCGUGUGUCUGUGCGUGCGUGUGUGUGUGUGUGUGUGUGUGUGUGUAUGCUGAGUAAUAAAAAUGUACAUGCAGGUGGCAAAUUAAAGGAUAAAGAAAACAACACCAACAAAAACUUAUUGUGGGAAAAAGUGUCCAAAUGUGCUGCUUUUAUCUCUGCUGGAGAGAUGGAACACCAUUGGCUUCAUUGCAGGUGGUCGGCGCCAUGCACGAGCGCCUGAUUCCGUGUGGACGUCCACUUAUUGUCCUCGUCUUCAGUUGCAGACAUAGAUGGAUAAUGAUAUUUAUAUCAUUUUGACUUGCUGACCCAAUAAUAAGGAAUUGGCCUUAAUAAAUCACUUAUAAGUCCGUAAUAUAUGAGUCACAUCAUUUUAAUAAUCAAACAAUUCAGUGAGACCUCACGCCCCUGAGGACAGAGACCUUGUCAUCCUGUGUCCUCACAUUUUUUAUUUCAGGUUGUUCCUUUAAUUUGUCCACCUGUCCGCAAAUGACUAGAUUUUAUGAAUAUAAAUAUGGAAUAUGAUGAGUGAAGAUGAUGCUCUGUGCAAGGCUGAGUUCAUGGGAGGGAUGGUGGUUGCACACAGAGAAAGCACAAGGCUCAUUUGGAGUCCUGAUGUACAGCAUUGUAAUUAUUUCAGAGUUCUACAGAAUGGAUUUUAGCCUAUAAAUAUCUUUCUUACUGUGCUUGGGGAUAGUUGUUAUCAUGAUUAUAAAUAUGAACAUAAAUAUUCUGAUACUCAAACCCCGCCCACACCCACCACACACACAUCCCCCCCCGUCCCUUCAGGUUACUGGACUAUAAGAGUGUUCUGUAUCGCAAUGUAACUGUGUGUUGAUAUGACCACCAGUCCCUCAGAUCUGUAUUUGUCAAAACCCCGCCCACUCCGGCCCCUCCGACCUCCAACCUUGGAAAAACCCCACCCCCCCGAUGUGUGACACACACCCCACCUCCUCCUCCUCACUAAGAUCUUUUUUUUUUUUCUUAUUGGGGUUGACUCUUUGUUAAUGUACAGUUUUCUGAGCACAAAAUGAAUGUGUUUUAUUUCUAAUAAAAACAUAUCUAUAUAAUAAAACCUUA